AUGACGUUCUCAAAAGUGAUCUCCCCGACCCCUAUCUCCAAGGUCACGUCUAUCGCGUCGACUACAUUACAACUACGUACGCCACCGCUGUCGCCACCAAUACCAAAGCCACGGACCAUUUCGGAGCUGAUGUCGUUAAGUGCCAGAGAACUUCCUAACGAGCCGAUCCUAGGAUAUCCGUCUCAUGAACUUGAUUAUGUCGAAUAUACAUUUUCAGACCUGGAAUUGUUUUCUUCCCGAGCAGCGCGAAUAUAUUCCCAGAAAAUUCCUGUUCGGACUGUAUCAGAGCAGGAUGCACGCGUUGUGGCACUGCUGGGUCCGUCCAACCUUGACUAUGUCAUUACUACUCUGGCCUUGACGAGGCUGGGAUUUACUGUUCUCUUCUUGUCUACCAGAAUAUCUGAAGCAGCGUAUCUGUCAUUAUUAGACUCCACGAGAUGUCGGCAUAUUGUAGUUCAUCCAUCGUAUCAUAAAGCCACUUCAUCUUUGCAGUCAUCUUUACCGGAUUUGACCGUCAUCGACAUCAGCAACAAGGAAGAGUACAUCAUUGAGCAGGCGGGACCAGAAGAGCUUGGACUGGAGCAACAUCUUGACCUGGACAAGGAGACGACGAAAAUAUGCUGGAUCAUUCAUUCUUCCGGCUCUACGGGUCCUCCCAAACCAAUCUACCAAACUCACCAGGCCGCACUCCGAAACUAUGAGCAGAAUAUGAACAUGCGCGGCUUCAUCACACUGCCACUCUUCCAUGCUCACGGCCUUAGUAGCGUCUUCCGCGCAAUCACAUCGGUGAAGAAGAUCUACAUGUACAAUGCCAGCUUACCCCUCACGCGCCAGAACUUGCUGGGAAUAAUGGGACAACACCAGUUCGAGAUAUUCUACGGGGUGCCAUACGCACUCAAGCUCUUGAGCGAGACCCCAGAUGGGAUCGCUGCUCUGGCGGCCAUGAAAGUCGUCAUGUUUGGAGGAUCAGCUUGUCCAGACGCUUUGGGAGACCUGUUGACUGAUGGCGGUGUCAAUUUGAUUAGCCAUUAUGGGACAACGGAAACGGGUCAGCUCAUGACCUCGUUCCGGCCCUCGGGAGACAAGGCGUGGAAUUAUGUCCGAGUUCAUGAGAAAUUGGAAUCGUAUAUUCGGUGGGAAGAGAGAGGUGGCAAUCUAUUUGAGCUAGUUGUGUUGAAUGGGUGGCCAUCGAAAGUCGCGACGAAUCGAGAUGAUGGCUCGUACGCCACCAAAGAUCUAUUCGAGCCACAUCCAUCUAUCAAAGGAGCGUGGAAAUAUAGUGGUCGGUUGGAUGAUACAAUUGUGCUGAUGAACGGAGAAAAGGUCAUACCCAUCGCCAUGGAACAGUCGCUUCGUCAGAACAAGCUUGUUCAAGAAGCGGUCAUGUUUGGAACCGGGAAGAGUCAGGUAGGAAUGAUAAUCAUCUCUUCUGACCUGGCCGCACAUCUGGAGACACAUGAAUUCAUCGAGGCAAUUUGGCCAACGAUCGCGGCGGAGAACAAGAUUCUGCCUGCCUAUGCGCAGCUCGCAAGGGACAUGAUCAGGGUAUUGCCGCCUGCCACAGAAUAUCCAUCAACGGACAAAGGUACCAUGAUCCGACAAGCAGUCUACCGCAGAUUCCAGCAGGAUAUUGACGAAGUGUACCGACAAGCAGAGUCGAAAUCAGCCGGUACUCUUGUGCUCUCCGAACAGGAACUGCAAGAUUUCCUCCGAAAACAAAUUCGGGAACUUGCGCCAAAGGAAGACGCGGCAAACGUCACAGAUACCACUGACUUGUUCUCGCUGGGGAUAGACUCUCUGCAAUCGACGAGACUGCGUGCGAGGAUUAUGAAGGAGAUCCAGUUGAAUGGUAACUCUUUGCCACAGAACGUGGUCUUUGAAUAUCCGACCAUCGCGAAGUUAGCGGCGGCCAUCCUCGGCAUCCGUGACAGUAAGGCCGUGGACACGGGAGAUGUGAUCCAGGAAAUGGAAGACCUGGUUGCCAAAUACAGUGUCUUUCCUCGACAUAUUCCUGUCCCAAGGGCCUCAACGGAGACAUGCAUCAUCGUCACCGGUGCCACAGGGUCCCUCGGCGCGCACCUCGUUGCACAGCUGGUCCAAAGAGAUGAUAUUUCAGAAGUGUGCUGUCUCGUUCGAGCCAGCUCGGAAGCCGCCGCUCGACAACGCGUUAUCAAAUCAAUGCAAGACCGAGCGGUCUACCAUACUUUAUCCCUUGGAUUACGCCGCAAGAUAUCCUGUUAUCCCGCCAAUUUUUCGAAGCCAAAACUGGGCCUCGAUGACAAGCUCUAUGACAGCCUAUCAAUGAAAAUCAUUUCUCUCGUGCACUGUGCUUGGUCCGUCAACUUCAACAAGAGCCUUGCCAGCUUCGAGGCAGACUGUAUCGCAGGCAUGCGGAAUCUGAUGCUCCUCUGUCUAUCUGCCCGGCAACCCACUCCCGCCUCGUUCAAUUUCUGUUCCUCAGUGAGCGCUGUCGCCAGCACUCCAGACGAUCUUGUCGAAGAAGCAUUACCCGAAAGCUUCAAAUGCGCUCAAGGUAUGGGCUAUGCCCGAUCAAAGCUUGUGAGCGAGCAUUUAGUCACUCGAGCAGCCACUGAGACAGGAAUGUCAGCGCGAGUCCUUCGCAUCGGGCAGAUCAUCGCAGAUACCAAGCAUGGGAUCUGGAACGACACAGAAGCCAUUCCCCUGAUGCUGCAAACCGCCACGACAAUUGGAGCGCUCCCUGCUCUCGACGAAUUGCACCGUUGGCUACCCGUCGAUACUGUCGCAACUGCAGUGAUGGACAUUUCGCUGUGCUUUACAUCACAGCGGGUGUUUAAUAUUGUCAACCCACGCACUUUCCACUGGACAAACGAUCUGCUCCCCGCUUUGCGCGCAGCGGGUCUCUCGUUCGUCGAAGUCAGCCAGAGAGAAUGGAUUCGUCGGCUCCGUGUCUCCAAUCCAGACCCCGAAACUAAUCCCACGAUCAAACUUGUCGAGUUCUUCGCAAGUAAAUAUGACAACGACACAACCAAGCGGAGGAGCUUGAACUAUGUCACCACGACGGCAGAAGAUCUCUCAGCCGCACUUGGCAAGGUUCCCGCCCUGACAACAGAGUUAGUAUGCAAAUUCGUCAACAAGUUCCUGAAGACAAGUUGGGCGUCGAAAACUCCGGAUAUAUCGCUGCCACAGACCCGCCUCAUUGUUCUUUCAGGACCUUGUGGUGUGGGCAAGAGCACACUGGCCAGUUCCCUUGCCGAACCACUUUCCUGCCCGGUGAUUGAAGGCGACGAUAUCUACGACACAAUCACUAUUGCGAAAAUGGGCCAAGGGACCCCGCUUACCUCGUUGGAUCGACAGAUCUGGCUGGACCGGAUUAAAGUGCAGAUUCUAGACAGAACUAGAGCGAAGAAUCUCAUUCAACAGGAACAGCAAAACUCCACGAAACAGGCCCAGAAUAUCGUCUUAACUUGUUCCGCGUUGGCACGUCCACAUCGCAAUGCCCUGAGAGACAUCCUGGCUGAGGUUUCCUCGAGUUUGGGCUCAGGGGAAUCGAUCAGAACUGUCUUUGUUGUCCUGCAAGCGACGGAGGAGGAAUUAAUCGGACGAGUCUCAGCGAGAGAGGGCCAUAAUAUGAAGGUCGAUAUGGUAAAGAGUCAGCUGGAGGCUAUACAGCAGCUGGGCGUUGAGGAGGUGGAUGUUUUCCCUGUUGAUGCAGAGCAAGAAAUGGGAGAGAUCAUGCAGGAGGUUUUGAUUGGUUUGAAGGCGUGA